GAAAGAGGCGAAAGCAAACAAUUUUCAGGCCCGCCGCGUCUAGCAAAAAAUAUGAGAAAAAAAAUUGUUAAAAAUUCGUAAAAUAGUUGAAAGUCAAGAAAACUUAAGCAGAAAGGAUGUUAAAGCUCAUUGGGCCUCUGAGUCCUGGCGGUGUUGAGCACAUAAAACUGGAUAGAGAACAAGCGUCAUCGACACUAGGUGGGAACCGCGUCCCUGCCCAGUCAGCCGCGCUGCCCUAGGGUGCAAUGGCCACGGGAACCCAGGGGCACCUAGACCACAUUUCAGAUAAAGCCAGGCUCGCGGUGGCCACGGGGAGGCGAAAGAGAGCGGAAGGGGGCAAGCCCAGGAAGAACUUCCCCUGUCAGCUGUGUGAGAAGGCCUUCAACAGCGUGGAGAAGCUAAAGGUGCACUCAUACUCACACACGGGAGAGAGACCGUACUGGUGCUCCCACCAGGACUGCACCAAAGCCUUCGUCUCCAAAUACAAGCUGCUACGGCAUAUGGUGACACACUCGCCGGAGAAAACCCACAAAUGUACAUACUGUGAGAAAAUGUUCCAGCGAAAGGAUCACUUAAAGAACCACCUGUACACUCACGACCCCAACAAGGAGGCCUUCACCUGCCAGGAAUGCAGCAAGAGCUACAACACCAAGCUGGGCUUCAAGCGCCACCUGGCCCUGCAUGCGGCCAACAGCGGAGAUCUCACCUGCCAGGUGUGCCUGCAGCCAUUCGCCAAAACAGGCCUGCUCCUGGAGCACCUCAAGACCCACGCCGGCAAGGCCUCGGGUGGCACCAAAGACAAGAAGCACAGGUGCGAGCAUUGCGAGCGCCGCUUCAUCACGCGCAAGGACGUGCGGCGCCACAUGGUGGUGCACACGGGCCGUAAGGACUUCCUGUGCCAGUACUGCGCACAGCGAUUCGGCCGGAAGGACCACCUGACGCGUCAUGUGAAAAAGAGCCAUGCCCGCGAGCUGCUGAGGGUCAAGACGGAGCCGGACGAUUCGCUGGCAUCCCCCUUCUCCAACGGGAUGGCUGGAGGUGUCAAGGGUGAGCUGGCCACCAUGUCAGUGCUGCACCGGCAGCUCCAGCUCAACCGCUACGGCGGCCCUCUCCUUCCCCAGCACCACUGCCCCACCACCCCCCCCCUGGACAUAGAGCCCAAUUCCCCACACCCCUUCUCCCUAAAGUACCAGCUGGGCUCCAACCUUACCUCAUACUCCAUCUCCACCCUGGAGAGGGAGCAGAAUCUAAAGGGAGAACUGGAGACGUAUCUGAUGGAACUGCAGAGCGGCGUGCCCUCCUGGGCUGAGGGGGCUCAGCUAUCCUCCGCCUCCAAACUGGAGUUGGACUCCCAGGUGGGCUUGUUGGAUGAGACCUCGCCCGGCGAGGUGUCUCUGUCCAAAAUCGUGGCAGUGGGCGAGUCGCUGGCCUCUUCCUCGUUUGUCGACUUCUCACAGCUCUUCAACUUCCUGCCAUUGAAUGGCCCCCCGUAUGGGCACCAGGCGGCAGCUGGCGGGGGUUUAGGCGGGUUCCCCUACCUGCCAGAGGAGGCACUGUCUCUCGUCCAGCUGGCGCCCCAGCCCCCGGAUUCCCACAAGGUAGCGGGAAGUGGGGGGGGUAUCAGCCCCCUCCUUGGCCACUCCUCCUAUUCCUCAAACCUGAGCACAACCACCAUGCUGCCCCGCUUCCACCAGGCCUUCCAGUGAGAUGAUAAAACACAAACACAAACACACACGCAUACCCAUUAUCCACGCAUGCACACACUUACAGUACACACACACACACAGGUUGAUAAAAAAAAAAGCUAAUUUGUAUUUUUAUGGCAGUAACCAUUUUUUUUUUAUGUGUCUGCACAAAACUACGCCAUAAUUGCACUUCUGUUCAACAAUUAUGGGAUUCUUUAAAUACAGAUAAACAAGUAGUUUGGCUCAACCACAUAACUCAAGCCAUGGGAUAAUGGUUGACAUUUCAUUUGGUUAGUGUCAACAAUGCUAUAUCACCACCCUUACAAAUUCACCUCUAUAAUGCUGAAGACUUACACAGUCCCUUUUAGUAUACACAACAACAAUCAAACAUAUCUAGGGUUUUGGAGUUUUCCAUAGAUUAAUUUAUGUAGGAAUGAGAUUGCAGUGAUGUAUUUCUAUUUUGUAUUUCUAUCUUGCCUUGCAAUUGCUUUAACUUAGUGUGUCGAUUUAACCAUAUUUUCAUAUAGCACUUUGUGUGAUGUUGAAUGUCAGCAAUGCAAAACGUUAAAAAAUGUCUUAUCGUUUUUUGUUUUAGGAUUUCAAGCAAUUGGAAAUAUACGUUAUUAGACAUAAGGUACUGAAAAGCCCCUUUUGGAAGGUAGUGUGAGAACCAUCCCUGUUUCCCCAUCAAAACCAAAGUCAACCAAAUAUGGACUGAAUUGCCAGGCAGAAUAGUGUCAUGCUGUCACUGAUGGUUGUAAACAUUGCUGCUGCCUAGUUGUUCCCCUAUAGACCCUUGAAAUAACUCAACCAGAUAUAGACUAAGUUGUUCAUCCUCAUUUCAAUUUAUUUCAUAUAAAAGGUGACAAGAUAAUAUAAAUUUUUAAGGCAAGAUUGAAAACAUUCAUUUACGGUGACUAAUAAUAUCACUUAAAAUCCCUCAAAUUUUGUCCCAUAUGUGUUUAGACACGGCGACCAUUUACGUCACCGUAAAUGGUCGCCAUGUCUAAGCACAUAUGGGACACAAUUUGAGGGAUUUUAAAUGAUAUUAUUAGUAACCAAUCAGAUCAAUAGGACUGUAGAUGUUUUCAAAGUGAGGAGAAAAAGACAGGAAAUGUUGAUAUUUUGAGAGGAAACAAAACAAACCUUUAGUAUGGUAGGUUUUCUGAUUCUCCUAAUGGCCCGGUACUAUUUCGGCCCCUAACCUCUUGCUGCUACCUACUCCUUUGUUUUAUGGACUGGAUUGGAAAGCAAAAUUGUAACAUUUCCACUUGGAUUAAGCUUGUUGAGCCAUCAUCUAUGCUUCCACCUAUCUAGUCAUUUCAUAACUGUUGUUAUCAAAGGCCAGGAGCUAGUGGAAGGGACUAAGGACUGAAAUGGAACCAGACAAUAGAAACAACAAUAAAGCACUGCCACAUAACUGGGGGCAAUUUGUCUUUCCACAUUCAACAGGUGUUAAUACUGAAAAUUAGGUUAGAAAUAGUUUGGGGAACAAUAACCCAAUCAUGCAUCAAAUCAAGGAUAAUGUUAGCAAUAUUUCAACAGCAGGAAACAAGUGAAGUUGAGCCACCAGUUACAAAGAAAAAUAUAUCCAUUGUGCAGUUUGAAGUGCUAGAUGGGUGUCUGUCACAGGUGGCUACAGGCACCUUAAUUGGUGAGGACAGGCUCAUAGUAAUGGCUGGAACUGAAUAAAUGGAAUGGUAUCCAUUUCAGUCACUCCAUUCAAGCCAUUAUUAUGAGCCUCCUGUGGGAUCUGUAAACAUAUCUGGUCACCUUGAAUGUGUAUGCGCAGGUUUGUGUGUGCCUACUUCACGUGUUUGUGUUUCCAGUCAAGGACAAUUAAGGGAUUGUCUAUGUGAGGGUCCUCUUCUUUGCAACCUGGGAGACUAGAGGGGUCAGAACAGAAUUGUCUGUUACAACUCAUCAAGGUGGUGGGAUGGAUUAAUCAUGUGUGAAUGGGAGAUUUUUCCCUCACACAUGCAGACAUUCAGAGAAAUGAAUGCAAAGCACUUUUAAUGUCAUAUGUGACAGGAUGUCCCAACUUUAAAUUUCAAGUCAGGAUCCAGUAAUCCAAGAUUAUUUGCAAGGCCCAUAAUAAUACAAUUACAAUAUUUUGGUUUUUAUUUUGUGAAAAUGACAUAAGCUUGCAUCCAUAUGACAUAAGCGACCUUUAGAGUUUUAACUACAAAAGUUGUUGGUUUGUCAGGUGAAGACAGAACAAACAUUUUAUUAACAGGUAGAGAAUGUAAAUACAAUAUUACAGCCAGCCAGGAAUGACAUUGCCCUUGUUAUACAGUAUCAUUCACAAAUAAGGAUUCCUCAAAUGUAAGUAUAUCGGCAGCCAGCAUAUCAAUCAUUCUCUGCUCAGCAUAGAAAAUGCUUCCCCACAAUUGCUGUUUCAAUAAGACUGAUACAUGGCUACUUUAGCUUACCAGUCCCUGAAGUAGCCCCUUAGCACCAACUUAGAUAGCAGUUGUUUUGACAUUGUAGGUUUAGAUAAAGUACUGGAUUGCACACCUCUCUGCAUGAUAUGAAUUCGGCUUGAGUUCAUUCUCAGCUGCCAUGGUUGUAGAGUGUUUCUGAGGUUUGGUUUUUAGUUGCUCAGAAUGAUCUUGUCAAUUUUGUACAUUGUGUUGCAUAGUGCUGUAUGAUAUAUAGUAGAAACUAUCAAUGAUGAAAUAUGGAUGACAGUGAGAGGACAUGCCUAUAUUACUACCAAUAUGGGUUCAAGACACUCUUUGGUCAGAGACAGAGUUCGUGUUAGUAUACUUUCAUUUGUGAAUAAUGUAUGUAAUGGAAACAUUUCUCACUUGAACUGCAAAAUUAAAAACUAGACAUGGUUGGUCUGUUCAAGAAGUGACAUUCCCAGAAUUGUCUCUGUGCGAGAUGCAGUAACACUGUGCUGAGAGACACUGACCCUGCUGCCGUCAAACUGUUCCUUGAACAGCUAUGUUAGAUGAAACGACUUAGGCCACUGCCAGUCUUUAGGAACUUGUGUUCUUGGCACUGUGUGUGUGACUGUGCAUGUGUGCAUGCGUGUGCAUCUGAAAAUCUAAACGCCUCUGUUUCUGCUUUGCUCAAUGAUAGUAUAUGGCUCUCAGAGAAUACAGUUUUUUAGUUACAACUGAUAUUUAAGUAUCUAGAUCAAUUCAAACCCAUCAUUGAAGGAAUGAUAUUGAUAACCCUGGGAUGUAAUGCUAUGGUGAUAGAGGGUUGGGUUGGCUUCAGAUGAAAGUCAACCUUUGCCUUUAAUGGAUAUAUUUGACAGUAUUUUGUACCCUUCUUCGAGAAGUGGCAUUUAUAAGUGUUUUUGCCUCACUCAAAGGGAGAAGGUCUGAAAAUGAGGACCUCAUACACAACUUUCAACCUCGUUCGUUUCAGUACAGCAGGGCUGAUUACAAGCAAGCAAUCUGUGCCUAUAGCAUUUUGAUUAAUAGUAGCAACAUACUGCAUAUCCAGUUUAAUUAAUCAAGUUUUACUAUUUAAUUCUCAUGUAAACCAUAAAUCACUUUUAUACAUAGAUCCCAUUGAAAUAGUUAAAUAUUAUAUGAAAAACCUUUGUCUUAGUUGAUUAACUAUUUGGAUAUAAUUCGAGUACAUUUUUAUAAUCCUAAAAAUAUGACAUUCUCACGUAGACCAACUCUGUAUGUUCAUGUAACCUAUUGGAGUGAAUAUUGAUUCGCUUGAUCAUAAUGACUGAAAAAGUACAGUAGCUGGGCUGUUCAUUUACAGUGAGGUCCACUUUAGGUUGUAACUUCAACUUUAGCUCCAACUUGUAUGUUUAAAGAAAAGACUGUGUGCUCAGUUUAGUGACUGCACAAUUGGUAUGAAGUUUUAACUUUAACUCAUUAAUUUAAGAUAACACAGACUGUCCAGCAGUGUCUUCCCUUGGAGAAAAACAUGACAUUGUUCUACUCUGUUAAAAAUGAUCAUUAAGGCAAAAAACUGCUUUGAAUCCCCCCUGUUCCUUCAACAUUUCUUGACUGAAAAUAAUAUCACUUUAGUAAGGGCCACGUGAUGUCAUUAAAAGGGGAAGCUGAAUGUCUGUGUAAUGUUCAAGUGUUAUGGAGGUGUGUGCUGUCAGUGUGUCUUGAAGAUUUGUGGUUUUACAUAAAAUGUUUGGUAAGCCAGAUUUAUUUUAAUCUUAGCACUUUUGGAAAAUGGAUUUCCUUUGUUUCCUCCAAUAUUUUUUUCUUGUUUAAAAUGUCGUAGUUACCUCUUUAGAGAAAGUUAACGUGUAAAUACAAUAUUAAAUGUUUUAUUUUUAAAGGUACAGUUUUUACAGUGUUUUUCUAUCAACAUUUAAUUUUUGCUUUACUUGCACAAAUGUUCCGUGUGUCUCAUUGAGGGGUCUAUCUGUCAGAUAUUAAAGACUCUAUUUUCA